CCGGCAUGCGCAGCAACCUGCUGCUGUACUAUGAGGAGGCCGGCGGGGUGGGCGUCCUGCUAACCGGCUGGACCCAGGAUGGCGGCGCCUGCCAGGUGUGGGAGCAGCCGUCCUACCGGCAGCGCUUGAACCAAAGCGAGGUGGUCAGUUGCCUGCCCGACGGCUCCACCGCUGGCGUCGUCUUCCAGCAGGCCGGCGCCUGGUACCUGGCCGUGGCGGCCACCUACUCAACCAGCGCGGACACGAACCACCUGCACUGCGAGCCCUCGAAGUCGGACAAGGAGACCGUCAUCACGGUGCGCAGCAUGGUCAACCUGAAGUCCGAGGAGGAUCUGGGCAUCAUCAAGCGCAGGGAGGAACCUUUGCACUUUGUUGACGCGCUCCAGUGGAGGGAUCACCUUUUCUUUCCCUACUACACGUUGAAGGCCAGGUUGAGCAAUAACACGGAGCCACCCAGCAUGGCUGUCCUGCGCCAGCUGGACCCUUCAUAUGCUGGCCUUACUUUGGAAGGGCACGUCUAUUUGGACUGCGGGUGCAGGAGCCUCAUUAUUUCCUCCAGCCUUGUCCGCCAGGGUGAGCAGGGCUGGUGGGUGGGUGUGUUCCGCCACAGCCACAACGCUAAGGCGUGGAACAGCACUGCCGUCUGCAUCUUUGGGAUGGAGGAGAUGAAGGAGCAAGCCUGUGCAUCCCCGCACUUCAACAUGAACGGGAAGAGCUGUGAGGCACCAUCAAUCAAGAAAUUACCUACCUUGAUUCACUCUGGAUUAGUGGCUGUUUAUGGCACUGUUGUUUUGAAUCAUAUAGUUCUCUUUUUGGGAACAGAUGAUGGACAGUUACUGAAGGCUAUUCUUAAUGAGGACAUGAAAUCUAAUUGCCCAGAGGUUUUAUAUGAAAUUGAGGAAGAAACUUCCAUUUUCCCCAAACUACGACUUGAUCCAGUGGAUAAUAACUACAUCUAUUUGUCCUCUGCCAAUAAGGUGAGAAGAAUACCAGUUGCAAAUUGUGGUAGAUUUGCUUCUGAGCAAGAAUGCUUAUCUGCAAAGGACCCAUACUGUGGGUGGUGUUCUUUCAAACGAAGGUGCACAUUAAAAGAAAAUUGUACACAUUCAAACAGCAUAAAUGGUUGGUAUAACAUUUCACAUGCACCUGAUAAAGAUCUGAAAAUCCUGCUAAGUUUCCCUGCCAGAUAUCAGGUUGUUGUGACUGCAAAUGUAAGCAGAAUCCUUACUUUCUGUAUGAUAAAAAUUGUAACAGCUGUUGAAAUAUUUUAUGAAAAUGUAGUGCUGAAGAAUUCAUCCUGUUUCUGCAAUCUAACCACUCUGACGAUAACUGAUAAUGAUUGUCUAGUUCUCGAAGCAUCACUGUCCUCAAGCUCUUGGAAUAUCACACAAACAUUUCAGUUGAAAAACUGCUCACGUUGUAUACACAAGGGUGAGUGUGCCAGCUGUGAAUGGAUACGUGUCUCUCCUGUCACCACCUGCCAGGAUGAUUGCAAUGCAACUGCUUCCAAGGGGAUCACCACUGUGCAGAAAACAGAGCAUAUCAGCAUUCAAUCCAUUGAACCUUUGUGGAUUUCUACAUUAGGCAAAAGUGAAAUAACAGUCAAAGGAGAAAACUUUACACGUGCAUCAGGCAUAAAACUGAUACUGACUGGAAUUACUGGCUGUAAACCAGAUGUCAUUAAAGUUAGAAAUGUGCUAAAUGAUACACAAAUGACAUUUGCUCUUCCACCAACACGUAAAGAGGCUAAGAGUAUAUGUAUCCAGGCUGAUGGGAAAAAAUGUUCACCACCAAUGACCCUGCAUUAUGUUUCGCUGCCAUCAUGCUCUAGAAUUACACCAAAUACCUCCUGGAUCAGUGGUGGUCGCAAAAUUACUACAACUGGUAGAAAUUUUAAUGUGGUAGACAGUGUGAUUAUUUCAGAUGACCAGAGAUCGAACCUCACAGUCUCUAGGUGUCCUGGAAAUGCAUCUGAGUAUCAUUAUUUAACACCAAGCCUGAGUCAUGCAACAGAGGGUAAAAUUGUUGAUAUGAUGUUAAAAGUGGAUACUACCUUUAUACCAUGUGUCAAAUUACACUAUCACCCAGACCCGGUGUUCAUUAACUACCAGCUGCACACUGAACUGGAUCCUGAUCUGGAAUUAAAAAUAUAUAAAGAAAAUGAUAACUUGAAUAUUUCUAAAACUGAGGUAGAGGUUUAUCUGUCAUAUACGACUGGUGCACAGACCAAAAAGAUAUGGUUCAGUGUCCAAAAUAUUACCAAAAAGCCAGACCGUAGCACCAUACUGUGCAAAUUCAAAAGGGAAGGAACUGAUAAGAUUGACUUUUCCACAGUGAAAGUUUUUCCCUGGAAAUACAAAGGCUGUGUCCUUCCAGCCCUGUGGUGUUUUUUUGCUUGCUUGUGUCUGUAUAGCUGUGACGUCAAAUUGGGAAAUUUUGAGCACGAAGUCAAACCAACAUCAUCACACAUAUAUUUAUAUGUUCUUAUUUUGCUACCUAUUGUGGUGGGUGUCAUUAUCGUGGCAUUCAUAGUGACUAGAUACAAAUCCAAAGAGCUAACUCGUAAACAGAGUCAGCAACUUGAACUGCUGGAAUAUGAGAUUCGUAAGGAAAUACGCGAGGGAUUUGCUGAACUGCAGAUGGAUGAAUUAGAUGUGGUGGAUAGUUUCGGAACAGUUCCCUUCCUUGACUACAAACACUUCGCUCUUAGAACUUUCUUUCCAGAGUCAGGAGGCUUUGCAUCCAUCUUCAGUGAAGAAAUGCCACAGAGCAGAGACCAAACGAGCAAGGAUGAAAGCUUCAACAUGUUGCAUGCUUUAAUUUGUAACAAGAACUUUCUUGUUACUCUCAUUCACACCCUUGAAAAGCAGAAAAAUUUCUCUGUGAAAGACAGGUGCUUGUUUGCAUCCUUCUUGACUAUUGCAUUACAAACUAAGCUAGUUUAUCUCACCCAUAUUUUGGAAGUAUUGACAAGGGAUUUGAUGGAGCAAUCAAGCAAUGUACAGCCUAAGCUCCUGCUCAGACGAACUGAAUCUGUGGUAGAAAAAUUGCUGACAAACUGGAUGUCUGUCUGCCUUUCUGGAUUCCUCCGGGAGACAAUUGGUGAACCUUUCUAUUUGCUGGUGACAACCCUCAAUCAGAGGAUAAACAAAGGACCUGUUGAUGCAAUAACUUGCAAAGCCCUGUACACUCUUAACGAAGACUGGCUGCUGUGGCAAGUGUCUGAAUUCAAAACAGUGAUGGUGAACAUUAUCUUUGAAAAAAUCCCAGAAAAUGAGAGUGGAGAUGCCUGUCAAACUAUUCAAGUUAAUGUUCUCGACUGCGACACCAUAGGCCAAGCCAAGGAGAAGAGCCUUCAGGCUUUCUUCAAUAAGAAUGGCUUUCUCUAUGGUCUUCAGCUGGAUGAAAUUGGUCUUGAACUUGUGUCUGAGGAGCAGCAAAGAGAAUUGUUAGAUAUUGAUGGUUCCUCAGAGGUGAUGGAGGAUGGGAUAAGGAAGCUAAAUACCAUCGGUCAUUACGAGAUUACUAAUGGAGCAACCAUAAAAGUCUUCAAAAAGAAGGCAAAUACCCGAUCAGAUGUGGACUACUCAGAUGAACACUGUCAUUUGAUAUUACCAGACUCAGAAGCAAACAAAGAUGUGAAGGGAGCAGGUCACAAAGGAAAGCAAAAAUUCAAAGUGAAAGAAAUGUAUCUCACAAAACUUCUGUCUACCAAGGUGGCAAUUCAUUCGGUUGUUGAAAAGCUCUUCAGGAGCAUUUGGAGUUUACCCAACAAUAAAGCGCCUGUUGCCAUCAAGUACUUUUUUGACUUUUUGGAUGCUCAGGCUGAGAGCAAAAAAAUUACUGAUCCUGAUGUGGUCCACAUAUGGAAAACCAACAGUCUUCCUCUUCGCUUUUGGGUGAACAUACUGAAGAAUCCCCAGUUUGUCUUUGAUAUUAAGAAGACUUCACACAUAGAUGGCUGUUUGUCUGUAAUCGCACAAGCUUUCAUGGAUGCCUUUUCUCUUGCAGAACAGACACUGGGGAAGGAAGCACCAACAAAUAAACUUCUCUAUGCUAAGGACAUUCCACUCUACAAGAAGGAGGUGAAAGCAUACUACAAAGCCAUCAGGGAUCUGCCUCCAUUGACCACUGCAGAGGUUGAAGAAUUUCUAGCUCAGGAAUCUAAGAAACAUGAAAAUGAAUUUAAUGAGAAAGUGGCCUUGUUUGAAAUCUACAAAUACAUAGUGAAAUACUAUGAUGAGAUUGUCAGCAAACUCGAGCGAGAACGGGGGUUUGAAGAAGUCCAGAAACAGCUCCAGCAAGUAAAAGCCUUAUUUGAUGAAAGGAAAAAAUGCAAAUGGUAUUGAGCAGAGCACUGACUCACAGCAUCACUGUGGGGGAUUUGAUAUUAGCGCUACUGCUCCCAAAACUGUUUUGACUGACUAUAUGUACAGGGUUUGAAACGUUUGUACACUCUUCUUCACUCUGACCAUUCCAAAUAAUCUACGAUUGGGAAUGAAAUAUGGGCAGGGUUACAUAUUCACACAGGCAUGUGAAAGUGACCUAAUGUUGGCAGGGUCAGCAUUUUUAGGUACUUGAACACACAUAACUCUUUGGUUCAAAAAUAUUGUCUAGUAAGCUUUUUGCUUACUUUAAAAUAAGGUCAUAGGAGAUGUGCAAAAUACACUGUAAGUUCAGAGUUGCCCACGUGAACUUGCAAGUUGCUUACCUCUUUUUUUUUUUAAAGAAAAAGCUGAUGUUUCGCCACAUCCUUUCAGCAGCUUGGCAAACUGUGAGGGUGAGCUCUGGCUUCAGAAUACGGGUCAGCUGCAGUUUCCUUCCUUCCAGUCAAAUGUUUGCUAGUUCCUGUUCAGAAAAACAAAAAACAAAACACCAAACAAAAAAAAUCCCACACCCAAACACAUCAAAAAACCCAACAACAACCUGGCGCCAAAGUGGCACUUAGGAUAAGCGUGUUUAGCAGAAACAGUGAGUCUGAGGUUGGAAGGCCAAAUGCCACAUGGCAGGACUUACCUUUGUUAGAUUAGAAAGUCCAAAGUGAAGUGAACCACUGGGCGGAAGAGGUGAGGGGAGGCUUUUCCAGAAGGGCAUUCAGCCACCAUCAGUCUGUGUUUACAUUUUUGACCUUUCUAUCCUUAAAUAAGCUGUGAAACACUUGUGAGCAGCUUCACAGCUGAAACUGCACUGCAUCGGGACACUGUUGCGAUUUGAUGGAGCAGCUGACGAUAGCUGCACUUUGGUGCACAAACCUGUUCUCAGGUGCACGAUUAGCCCAUGCAUCAAUGCUGACAGUCCUGGCCUGCCUUACCAUCUGUGUACAAGGGCCUCACAGACCUAAAGCCAGAAUGUGGGGGGGUCAGGUCAAAGGUUAGUUUAAUAAUAUUUAAGAACAGGAAGACUGGUGUAAUCUCUCACUGUGUUUGAGACACUGAUACAAACAUGCUGGGAUUGGAGUGGGGUAACUGUCUGCCUUAGUCCAGCUGGGGUUUUGUGAGGCCUGGUCAUUUUGGAAGGAAGGUGCCCAUUGGCGGCUAAAGUUGGUCCAGCUAGAAAACAAGGGCGUGGCUGUGCUGCUGGGAUGAGGCUGAUGCAGUGGCUACUGAGCAAAGCCACAGGGGGAAACAGCUGUGGCUCCAGCUCUGCUACAGCACCAGCACAACCCUACCCUCUACUACUGAGCUGAAAUGGUUUGUCACCAUGGACUCUGCUUCAGUCGCAGGAGGCACAUUCUGAGGCUGUCUGUCAUGUGUCCUCAGAUUUGAGGUAAGGCAUUCAUCACAAGGAGAUACAUUUCCAUACAUUUCUGGAGGGAUCCACUGUUGGAGGUGAGUGGUGUAGCACAGUGGCCCACAGGAGAGGGAAGAGGUGUCACCUGCCUUGGCCAUGGGAAAGGUGCCAUGGGCUGCAAAUGGCACAGAUGGCCCAGGUUUGGUACAGAAAGCCAGUGCUGGGGCUGUGAGGCUGUGAGCAGCUGGGGCUGGCUGCCCAGGGCACCCAGGCAGUGGAGGGUCACACUGUGCUGCAUUAGAGGAGCCCCAGAGCUCAGGCAUUGGUGCUAAUGCUGCCUGGUGCUAACACUGCCUGCUCGGGUCACAAAGGCAGCCGGCCCCAGGCACAAUCCCAUGGCCGGCCAGUGCCAGCACACACCGACCACCUGUGGCAGAAGAGAGGCAGGCUAUUAAUGUGGAGAAAAGCAAACACAAAAGCAUGGUCCUGCUGCUCUGCCCCGUCCCUACCCUAUGAUUGCACAAGUUGUUCCUCUUGCAUACCAGAGAGGGCAGCCACCAACAAACCCAUACUGUGAUGGCUCUGUUGGUUUUUUUUAAAAUUCAAGUCUUACACUUGGUAUUAAGUUUACACUUUAUACUUGAUGGAAUGUAUGGCUUUGUUCAGGACACUGCACUACAGUGUUGCAGUACUUCCAGCAGUUCUCUGCCUGGCACAAUGUAUUUUGAUAAGUUCAAUUUUAAUUGGAAAAAAGCCCACCCACCUCUAACCUAUAUUGCCCUCUAUCCUAAGGGAGUGGACCGUGGUUUGACUAGCACUUAAGCUUGGAAUACUUGCAUGUAAGGGCUUGAUUUUUAUCGUUCUUAAUCUAACCUUUUAAAGCAGCAUCAAAUAAAUAGAAAAAGCACAGUAACUGAUAUAGAAGGAGAGGCCGGAGCAGAUUACACUUUUCAGUUAGUUCUCUUCUUCUUCAGGUGUUUGCUGUCAGUGCAUUCAAAUGAACUGUGAUAGUUUUGCUCAACAGUAACCUUCUGUACAGGCAGAAAAAACAACUCCAACACUUCUGCUUGAAAAGCUGUAAAAUAUAAUCUGUUUGCGUGGGUCUGAUCCUGUGAACUUCACUAUAUGUGUUUAUAUUGAUGAGGAAAUGAAAAUCAGUCCUAUUCUGUAUUUGUACUACUGCUUGUUUGCUACAAUAGCUUUAAUGAUUUCUAGAGAUUAAGUAUGUGUUGAAGCAGGCCCUGUAGCUUUACCUACAGCCUGGAAUAGGAUUAUUGCCUUUUAUUCAAGCCUCCUAAACAGGUCACUCUGUUAGUAAACCAUUUUCAGUCAUACUGGAACUUUGUAACCCAUCAAGUGGAUCUCACAAAGUGAUGUGAAGUAUAAUUAAGUGAUUGUGGCUCUUUUGGUAGGUUUGGGUCAGCACACAAAACAUUGGCACACUUCCGUAUUUGCAAUUUACCGUUACUGUUACACAGAGAAAAAACCCCACCUCUGACUAUUAUGGGUAUUAUGGCAACACAACAGUUCUAAUCACAUCCUCAGAAAUGAAAAGCAAACUUCUCUUCAACUUUCACAUGUUUACAGGCAAACUGCUAUGGCAAACAGAGUGUUUCUAGCACUAGCUUACAGAGCAUUAUCUUGCAGUCAUCUAGUUUGAAGUCAAAUCUUACUAAUGUGUAAAGUAAUACCUGUUGUACAGAAGUUAAUCUGUUGUUUAAAAUGAAUGGUUAAAAAAAGUGCAAAUGACAAAUACAUGUUGGUGUUUGUAUGGGUUUAUCUAGAAUAAAAGCAUUUGGAGGU